AUGGUGCGGCUGUCAGACUUUUACAAUAGAACAUCUGGGAGGAAGGCCGAGAGGAAAACCAAGAAAGGGAUGCCAGCUGUUCAAGUAUUUGGGCGCAAGAAAACCACCACUGCACUAGCCCACUGCAAACGUGGAAAUGGACUUAUCAAGGUCAAUGGACGCCCACUAGACCAGAUGGAGGCAGAAAUUCCCCGUGGUAAGCUUCAAGAGCCAGUAUUGUUUCUGGGUAAAGAGAGAUUUUCUGGAGUUGAUAUCCGUAUCUAUGCAAUCAAGAAAGCUAUUUCCAAGGUCAUCGUGUCUUAUAAUCAAAAAAUAUGUGGAGAAGCCUUUAAGAUAGAGAUCAGACAUGUUUUGACCCAGUGUGGCAGAUCUCUCCUUGUUGCAGAUCCACGUCUUUGCGAAGUGUCGUGGUCCUGA